GCUCUUGCUUGUUAUGUGCCCCUACAGCGGGUUUGGGAAGCCGUCAAACCACUGACUAGGUUCUCAUUUUACCCUUAAGGAAACACGGAGCAGCAUUUCAGUCCAUUAGUCUUUUGUGACGCCGUCUUUCAACAUGGGUAAUGGCAUCAAUAAGGUCCUGCCUGACUUAUACUUGGGAAAUUUCAAAGAUGCAAGAGACAGAGAACAGUUAGCCAGGAACAACAUCACACACAUCCUGUCCAUCCAUGACAGUGCAGCUCCUAUCCUCCAGGAGAUGACCUAUCUCUGCAUUUCAGCAGCUGACCUGCCCACACAAAACCUGACGCAGCACUUUAAACAAAGUAUAAUAUUCAUGCAUGAGUCCCGUGUGAAAGGAGAAGGCUGUCUUGUUCACUGUUUGGCAGGUGUGUCUCGUAGUGUCACCCUAGUGGUAGCAUACAUUAUGACCGUGACAGGACUGGGUUGGCAGGAGGCACUGGCUGCGGUGAGGGUGGCCCGACCCUGUGCUGGCCCUAACUUGGGCUUCCAGCGGCAGCUUCAGGAGUUCGAGGCUACUCAAGCUGAUCAGUUCAGAGAGUGGCUAAGGAAGGAAUAUAAGGACAGCCCCCUCGAUGAUGAAGCUGAUAUACGUGACUUGCUUGCCAGAGCCUCCAAAGUCAAAGGUGUGGAAAAACAGGCAUCUACCCCACCUGGAGGUAUCUGAGAUCUUUCGCAGCUCAACCUGGAGGCUUAUACCCCCUAGUCAUGCUAUCGUAUUCUGGACCUGUCCAGAAAUGUAAUGUGCUCUGGAGUGGACUACUCUCAUGGCUACUUGAUCAAGUAAAAAUCAUGGACACGUACAAUGGAGAGAGAUCCAAUUCAAACAUACAGCACACAUUAUUUUUCAUAAAUU